CUCCUCGCGGAAGAUAUUCACAUUACUUUCAACUGGAGAGCAGACGGAAACAGUACAUUUCGGUAACUCGGAGACUGUGUCCCGGUUCAAAAAUACUUUCUACGGCGAACAACAGCAACAGCAAUCUGCUGAAUCACCUGGAGAAGUUAGCAGCUAAGGUGGCUAACGAGAGUCACAGCAGCGAGCACACACCCACUCAACUUGGAGUUCGAAAGACGGACCCAUAGCCAGGCACAACUUGAUAAAACAAUAGCACGAUCGGGGCCCUGAAGGACCAUUUCUUGUUCAAACACCCCAAUCAUCCUAGCAGGAUGAAACGAAGUGCCAGACACAUCACUCGGCGGCUGUCGGAGGACGAUCGGGUGCUGUGGGCAGAGCAACAGUAUGAGAAACCUCGCAACAAGCGAGCGUCCCUUGGCGGCUGUAGAGACUGCCCGGUGGACAAGCUGUUUGAUGACCCCAUGUGGAACCAGCAGUGGUACCUGCAAGACACACGGACGUCCUCCUCGCUGCCAAAGCUGGACCUGCACGUGAUCCCAGUGUGGCAGAAAGGCAUCACUGGAAAAGGCGUGGUCAUCACUGUUCUGGAUGACGGACUGGAGUGGAACCACACAGACAUCUACUCCAACUACGACGCAGCAGCCAGCUACGAUUUUAACGACAAUGACCCCGACCCUUUCCCCAGAUAUGACUCAACAAACGAAAACAAGCAUGGGACUCGCUGUGCGGGGGAAAUUGCUAUGCAGGCAGACAACAAUAAGUGUGGAGUUGGAGUGGCAUAUAACUCCAAGGUUGGAGGGAUCCGUAUGCUUGAUGGGAUUGUGACUGAUGCCAUCGAGGCCAGUUCUAUUGGUUUCAAUCCGGACCAUGUGGACAUCUACAGCGCCAGCUGGGGACCCAACGACGACGGCAAGACGGUGGAGGGCCCAGGCCGUCUGGCCCAGAAGGCUUUCGAGUACGGAAUCCAGAAGGGCCGUGGCGGAAAAGGCUCCAUCUUUGUGUGGGCGUCGGGUAACGGAGGUCGUCAGGGCGAUAACUGCGACUGCGACGGAUACACCGACAGCAUCUACACCAUCUCCAUCAGCAGCGCCUCUCAGCAGGGCUUGUCUCCCUGGUAUGCGGAGAAGUGUUCGUCCACUCUGGCGACAGCAUACAGCAGCGGUGACUACACUGACCAGAGAAUUACGAGUGCUGAUCUACACAACGAGUGCACUCAAACUCACACUGGAACGUCGGCCUCUGCUCCGCUGGCUGCUGGAAUAUUUGCACUGGCACUUGAACAAAACCCAGAUCUAACCUGGAGAGACCUGCAGCACAUUGUAGUCUGGACCUCUGAGUUUGAUCCUCUGGCGAAUAAUCCAGGCUGGAAAAGGAACGGAGCAGGACUGAUGGUGAACAGUCGUUUUGGCUUUGGUCUCCUGAAUGCUAAAGCCCUGGUUGAUCUCGCUGACCCGGCCACCUGGAAGCAUGUACCUGAGAAGAAGCAAUGUAUCAUCAGGGAUGAUUCCUUCCAGCCAAGGGAGCUGAAGGCAGCGGGGGAGAUCACUAUAGAGAUUCCAACCAAAGCCUGUGCAGGCCAGGAGAACGCCAUCCACUCACUGGAGCAUGUGCAGGUGGAGGCCAGCAUCGAAUACACCAGGAGAGGAGAUCUACACAUCACACUCACCUCCCCAGCUGGUACUAACACAGUGCUGCUGGCUGAACGAGAGCGGGACACGUCUGCUAAUGGCUUCAGAAAUUGGGACUUCAUGUCUGUCCAUACCUGGGGAGAAGACCCUGCUGGGACAUGGACCCUGAAGAUCACAGACACUUCGGGCCGCAUGGAGAACAAGGGCCGCAUUUUAAACUGGAAGUUGAUUCUUCAUGGAACAUCAGAGAAGCCCGAUCACAUGACGAAACCUCGAGUGUACAUUCCCUACAAUGCUGUGCAGAAUGACCGGCGCGGUGUGGAGCACAUGGACGACAUGACGGAGGAGCCCACACAGGCUAAUCCUCCUCCUAAAACAGAAACACCCUCCUCCAACCCAGAGAAGAUUCCCAAAAUGCCCUCAGAUCCAGCCUACUCCCCCUCUCUGGCCCUGCUGCGUCUCCUGCAGACGGCUUUCAACCGGCAGACCCCGGCCUUGCAGCAGUACCAGGCUUCAGGUAGAUCCUCCUCCAAGUGGAGGAAGCAGCAGCAGCAGCAGCAGCAGCACCUGGACAGAAGCCUCUCCCCUACCGCUACCAGAUUCCCCCCUCAGAAGCUGUACCAGGCUCUGGACAUGAUCAACAAGUACCGAGGCAAUGAGGACAGCGUCUACAGCGACUACAGCGACGGCUUCUACAACACCAAGCCCUACAGGCAUAGAGAUGAUCGACUGCUGCAGGCUCUCUUUGAUAUGAUCGAUGAUGAUGGCAUGUGAAGGAGAGGAGGGGAGAAGGGGAGGAGGGGAGAGGGGAGGGGAGGAGUUAUACAGGGAAGAAAAACAAAAACUCUUCCACUCUGUUCUGUUUUCCCCAAUAUGCUGCAAAUUUUAUCUCUUCAUGUUCUUUUGCCAAAUCAUCAUUUCCCCCCCCGCUGUAUAACUGUAUCUCUGUGUUAGUGAAAGCAUUCAAACGUGUAAGAAAUGGUCGAGGACAUUUUGUCUCUCUUCUCUUCCUGCUCAAGCAUGCCACAUUUAGAAUAUACGUUUUAUAUUAUUAUAUUACACACACACACACACAGAGUCUGGUUCCCAGGACAUCAGAGGACAUUACAUUGACUUACAUUCUUAACCAUAACAGGUACUGCCCUAAUCCUAACCCCAAUCAUACAACAGGUCUUAAAAUGUAAUCAUAUACAUUAUGGGAACUUGCUUUUUGUGACUGUGUUAACAGACUUUGGUCCCCACAAUAUGAGUAAUACCUGAAAAAUACACAUACACACACACACACUAUAAAAAGAGGAAUAUAAAAAAUAAUGAAUAGUUUUCUCUAUUUUAGUUUUUUUUCUUUUCAUUCUAUUUAUGUAUUUAUUUAUUCAUUCAUUCUUAAAAUUAUAGAACGACAUAUUUGAAAAAAGUAAAACAAUUAAAUAUUUUAAACAUAAGGUUUGUUUGAUUUUUUUGUCAGUGUGUCAUUGUGGACUAUUAUGUAUUACAAGAAAAAAAUAUAUUGUGAAAGAUGAUUUAAUAUGCAGGGACAAUGUAAAUGUACUAUUAAACAAUUAUACUGAGGAAAAAAAACCAAAAAAAAAAUAUGUUGAUAUAUAUAUUCAAAAUGGAAUAAAAAAAUGAGAGAUUAAUUUUGUGUGCAAUUGGUUUAAUUUUGUAAAAGUACAAUGCUGCAUUAAAUGAAAUAUUUUUCUAGCAAUCCUCAUUUCAUAUUCUAAAUAAUAUAUAUAUACAGUAUAUAUCAAACCCUUGAACGGUUUAUUUUCUCAUGGCACAGUUCACUCCUUGUUGUCCGUGUGGUUGCCAUAACUACCAAUAAACACUGCCAAAACCUUU